ACCAAACUCCAUUCAAAUAUUCGGCGAUUUAAUGUUUCCCCGUUUAUCUGCGGAGAGAAUCAACUUGUUAGAAGAUGAAUAAGUUUAAGGAAGGAGGAGAGUUUUCUGGUUAAAUCUGCAGAAACACAUCAUCACAGUUCAGUUAAAUGAAGGAGCUGAGUGUGUGGAGAAACUCUUCCUGUGUACACGAGACGAAAGACGAGAGUCUUUCACCAAACUCCGUUUGCUUGUUUCCCUGUUUAUCUCUGAAUGAAUCUGUGAUAUUGGAAGAAUCGUCUCUGGUCCAUUCAGAAAAGUACUUUAAUGUUUUCUCUGGUUUUUAUUCAGAGUUCAGUUUAAAUCCAGAAACUGACACUUCCUCCUCCGGUCCACACGGGGUCAGUACUGAGCCCGGGGGGCGCUUGUUUUGUAGACAUGUCGGUGCAGGUGUGGUGCCUGUCGUUCCGGCAGCCGUACGCCGGUCUGGUUCUGGACGGGGUAAAGACGGUGGAGAGCCGCUGGAGGCCGCUGCUGGCCCCGCUGCAGAACCAGACCCUGGCAGUCCACAUAGCCCGGCGGGACUGGGAAGGGGACGAGUGGCGGACGGUGCUGAGCGGUCCGCUAGGGAUGAACCGGGCUCAGGUCCAGGAGCUGCUGGAGUCCGGGGAGCGGUUCGGACGCGGCGUGGUGGCAGGAUUGGUAGAUGUGGGCGGGACCUGGCUCUGCCCCGCCUCCCUACAGGGGGAGAGGCUACAGCACCUGGAGCGGUCGGCCGUUCUGAUUGGUCUGCAGGAGAAACACCUGACUCACCUGUCCAACCCGCGCUGGCUGAAGGAGCCGCUGAGCGCCCGAGGAGGUCGUGACCUUUGGAUCGUGGACAUUCCUGCAGAGCUCUUACCAUGACGACACGUGAUGCUCAGAGAGAACAAUGCGUUCAGGGUCUGGGACUGGACGUAGACCUGGUCUGGUCUGAAAUGAACUCUUGCUGAUCAAUAAUGAUCACUGAUUGAUUUCAGUCAUCAGAUGAUCAAUACUUCACUGACGUCUUUGUUGUAAUCAAAGACGUAAACAGUUGUUGAAAUAAUGUUCAGGUGUGUUUACUGUCUCUGUCCACAACAACAAGAAUCAUCAUUUUACAAACCUGGAUCCUGAGACUUGAUAUUUACAUGUAAUCAGCUUGUGACUGUAAUAGAUUACUUUUAGCAUCUGUAAUGAUAAAGGUCACUGAUGAACCGAUGAA